UGAGCUCGUUUUUUCUUUCCCUGGAUGAUCUAAAUGGGGAGGCAGUAGAGAGCUUCUGGGCGAGUUCGUUCUUAGGGAGUUUAGUUUUGCCAGGAGUUUUUUAUUUUCCCCUCCUCCGGCUCCUGAAGAUCUUCGGCUCGUGAUGAAACAAAGCGCCCGUUUCAGGUUGCUCUUCCCCGACUGAGAAGGAAACAACGAAAGAAUUUGACAGCACUUAGUUUAAGAUGGGAUUGUUCUCCCCUUUUAUCUGAAGAUAUUUUAUGUUCUUCUUGAAGUAUAUUCUUCCUGUGGCGUUUCGCAGUGUAAUUCCAGAAUCGCGGUACCGUAAAGACCGUGAAGAGAGGAAUUAUUUUCUUUUGCGAUUUUUAAAAAAAACAUUUUCGGUGUGAAGAAAGGAAUCCGGAUGGGUUAUGAAGGAUGGCAGGGAGCCGGAACGGCUAGGCUGGUGGUGCGGAGCUCCAGCGCUUUGUGCUGAGCAGGAGCAGGAGGAGGAGGUUGAAGGGCUCGGGUUCGAUCAUCGGGGCCAACGUUCCGAUCCCAUUGACAGAGGGAGCGAGGCGGCAGUUGACCGUUGGCCGUUGGCCACCCUCUUGCGCUCGCGCUGAGCCAGCGGGAUUGACCGUUGGGGCCCGGAGCCGCGGGCUCGGAGCCGGCGCACAGGCCGCGCCUGCCAGGGACGCCGACACCAACUAAACACCGACAUCACCACCGCCACUGUCUCGCCGCCCAGCCGACGGCUCGCCUGCCAGCGACGCCGACAUCGCCACCGCCACCGCCACCGCCACCGUCUCGCCGCCCAGCCGACGGCCCGGGGGGCGCAGGGAAGCGGGCAGCCGAGGCGAGGCCCAGAUCACCCAAAGAAACUCCCGACCGACACCAUGGCGUCUUAUGUGGAUAACAGCUUCAGGCAGGCGGUGAUGAAGAACCCAGCAGAAAGGACGCAACAGGAUUUGGAGAUAGUUUAUUCGUAUCUUCAUGGAAUGGAAGCACUGUCAAACUUGAGAGAACAUCAAUUGAGAUUAAUGUGUGAAACUGUCAGAUAUGAACGGCAUGAGGCAAAUGAGGUCCUAUACUACCCUGAUGAUAUUGGAACCUGUUGGUACAUACUCUUGUCUGGUUCCGUAUUUAUCAAAGAGUCUAUGUUUCUUCCCAGAAGCAGUUUUGGCAAGCGAUCUGCAGGGAGUUUGAGGCGUGGAUGUGAAUGUAUAGUACUUGAGCCUUCAGAAAUGAUUGUGGUGGACUACAUGGAUGAAAAUGAGGAAUAUUUUCAACGGCAAGCUUCUCACAGACAAUCACGUAGGCGAUUUAAAAAAAUUAACCAGAAAGGGGAGCGGCAAACAAUCAUUGAUACAGUGGAUUCUUAUCCUGUGGGAAAACCACCCUUACCAAGAGGAUAUCACACACUUCCUGCAGACUUCACCAAAUUACAUCUCACAGAUAGCCUCCAUCCACAAGUGACUCAGGUAUCCUCCAGUCAUUCAGGAUGUAGCAUCACCAGUGACUCUGGCAGCAGCAGUUUAUCUGAUCUUUACCAGGCUACAGAGAGUGAGGCCGGGGAAAUGGAUCUAAGUGGUUUGCCAGAGACUGCAGUAGAUUCUGAGGAUGAUGACGAUGAGGAAGAUAUUGAGAGAGCAUCAGACCCAUUGAUGAGCAGGGACAUUGUGCGAGAUUGCCUGGAGAAAGAUCCCAUCGAUAGGACAGAUGAUGACAUUGAACAAUUAUUGGAAUUCAUGCAUCAGCUCCCAGCUUUUGCCAACAUGACAAUGUCUGUCAGAAGAGAGCUUUGUGCUGUGAUGGUGUUUGCAGUGGUAGAGCGGGCAGGCACCAUUGUGCUCAAUGAUGGUGAAGAGGUGUGUAUUUUCAUAUCAAUUUGCUGA